CUCUGCUCGUCCUCGUUGGAUCCUCUGCUAUCAGCCAUCUUCUUCUCUCUUUUCUUUCUGCCAGUGCUAGUAGAGAUCAACAUGGCGACAGCCCUCGCAAAGCAGCUCUCUGCUAUCAAGGCAAAGUCUGCCUCUGUCUCCACCCUCGACCGCAAGAAAAGACAGAAAUCCCACGCCGUAUCCCUCAUCUACGAGCCCAUCGUCGCCGCAAAGCAGGACCUCGACUCCGUCUACUUGGUCGCCUACGAGGGAUUCCUCGACCUUGUCUCUAUCGAUCCCAGAUUCAGGGUCUUUGAGCGCAGUCUCUUCUCCGAAACCAGUAUCACCAUCGACCGUCACGUACAGACCGCCGAGCAAAAUGCUGCCUUGGACAAGGCUAUCGAGAGCUUCUUGUCUCUUGUCGCCUCGCGAGUUCUUUUACAGCCCGCUAUGAAGGCUCUGGAGUGGCUAGUGCGCCGAUUCAAAAUCAACGAGAUGAACCGCGAGAUCCUUCUCCUCACUUUCCUCCCAUACCACAGCCAUUCUGUCUUCCAGAGAAUCCUUGACGUCGUGCAGGGCCCGCUUCCUCCGCUCUUUGGCUUCUUCUCAAACGCAAAACUCACCGCGACCCCGAUCCCUCGCAACACCUUGGUCCGCGCCCUCACCCGCGACGUGCAGCUCUUUGCUCUUGUCUCUGAGUUCACCGUGUCUCAGGUCCAGGCGCACUGCGAGUACCACACCCUGCUCUCCUUCUGGACCUCGAUCUCGAUCUCGGUCAUCCUCGCGCUCAAAGACGCAAACACUCCCGAUGAGGUUGUCGCCGAGCGAUUCAUCCCUCAUAUCUCGGAUGUCAUCGCCGCGCGCAAGUCGCCGGAGGCCCAGACCGCAGCCUAUAUGAUCAUCGUCGUCCUCGUUUCCCAGAUCCGUCUCAGCACCGAGGUGCUCCAGGCUAUCGCCCAGAGUCUUGCUCUCAACUGGACCAAGAAGUCGUGCAAGACCGGUCUUGCUGCGCUCACUCAGGUCAUUCAGUUCCAGGACGUUGGCGCGCUCAAGUAUGCGCCUCUGGACGCUAAAGUCAUGAAGGCAAUUCGAAAGAUCGACAGCUUGGACGAAGACCUGAAAGAGAUCAAGAGAAAAGUCAAAAUCGACAAGUUCGUCGUCUCGUAUAUUCUCGCAAUCAUCGAGCACCAUCCUUCCGAUUCCGAAGAGAUUUUUGAUCUUCUUGAAGACAGCUCGCUUUCAAACGCCCAAAAGGCAUUUGUCCUUGAGUCUGUUCUCCGCAAAGCACUUGAAGGCGACGCCGAUGACGAUCUCAAGAUCGCAUUCCGUGGAGCGCUGGCUAGCGCUGAUGAGUCCUCUAGCUUCCGUGCUCUGGUCCUCGAUACUGUCAACUCGAUGGGUACCGAUAUCGAUGCUCUCGAGCUCCGUUUGAAUGUAUCCAUCAAGCCUCAAGAUGCGCCUGCUGCUUUGACUGACGGCGCAAUGGAGAUCGAUUCGGCGCCUGCUCUGUUCAGCUUCGACGACCGUCUGAAGUCCAUCUCCAGGGCUCAAGUACACUCGUAUCUCGAGCCGAAUGCCUCUGCUGAUUUCGACGCCAUGGCCGAGGUGUUUUUGCAAGGUCUUGCCGAGGAGAAGCCUAUGUCUCAACUGUUGAGCAACACAAAUCUGUUCCCCGUCGAUUCCGAUCUCCCGGUCUCGUUUCUUUUGCGCAUGGCGAUCAGCACCUACCCAGUCCUUGCCCGCAUUGAAGCCCUCAAGCUCUUCGGUCUUGCUGUUAGCAACGCCUCCGAUGCCGUCGACUACCAGGCCUCUAUCGUCUUCUUGCUAGUCGCAUUGACAGACUCGUCUGAGAACGUGCGUCGUGCAGCUGCAGACUGCCUAAAGGCCUUGGACCAGCGCUACGAGCAAACCGCAAAGAGUUCCAAGAUCUGGGGAUUGGAGUCCAUUUACGGUACCGGGAACGAAACUGACUUGUUGAAAUGGCUAGGACUGAAGGAUCUCAAGUCCUUUGUGCACUUUUAUAUCGUGCCUCGUCUUGAGGAAGUUAUCCUGGACAAGUCUUUUACCAAGUCUAUUGUUGGCAAUGCUGUCGAUACAUCAGUCAUGCUCACCGGCGAGAAAAAGAAGCGAGAGAUCAAUUUGAAGGGCGCCGUGUGCGCGUUUUUGACCAGCCAUAUCGUUGCUUCGCCUUUCUUCCGAGUCAAGCUUGCGCUGCUCAACAUGCUCUCGGGAACCCGGAAGAUCGUCUCUUCUCUAUCCGCACUUUGCGACUCUUUCCUGAACGACUGGAUCGCCAAGCGUGAGGUCUACUCGAAGGCUCUCCAGUCUGAGAAGAUCCCGAUCGCAACCUUUGAGACUGCGCUGCUCAAGAUUGUGUCGGGCGGAGAUGAUGCAGAGGGCGAGAAGUUUCUCAUCAGUUGCCUCAAGGCUGACAUUCCCGGCCUAUCGGAUGCAGCUGGUGACCGUCUUGUUGAGACUUGGUCCGCCUGGAGCCAUGACUCGCAGCUUGGGUUCAUCAAAGUUUUGAUCAAUAUGACGCUCGAUGAUCAGGCCGCUUACGGAGCUCUUGACUGUCUAAGCCGUCUUCAGAUCUCGACUCCUAUUUUCUCAAUCAUUCUAAGUGAACCCAAACUGGUCCCUGAGAUUGAGGCCAGUCAGCAAAGCAAGCGCCGUCGUCGUCGCAGCAGCACCUCGCAGAGCGUCACACCGGCACUGAUCUCUACCCAUCAGAGCUUGCGCGAGCUGACUCUUGUUCUGGAAUUGCUUGAGGGAAGCAGGCCCGAGACUCAUAGCGGCCUGCUCAAGCAGCUUCUUUCCAUUCUGGGCGAUCUUUUGCUGGUCAAGACUGAUAGUUCGCUGCCUGUGCAGUAUACGCAGCAGAUUCUUGUUGAUUGCAUCCUCCCUAUUAUCAAGACUGCAGAUAAAUCACAGCUUGAUUCCAAUACUGUGAGAAUCGACAUCAUUGUCAGCUGCAUUCGAUCGUCUUCCUCUCCUCAGAUUCAGAACAAGUUCCUGCUCCUGGUCGCUGCCCUCGCUAGUCUGUCGCCUGAGAUUGUGCUCCAUAGCGUGAUGCCGAUCUUCACGUUUAUGGGUGCAAACACCAUUCGCCAGGAUGACGAAUUCUCGGCCCAUGUGAUUCAGCAGACUAUCUCCCAGGUCGUGCCUGCCCUGGCUCUGUCCACGACCACCAACGACUCCUUCGGGAUGGUCGAGCUGGUUCUCAGCUUUGUGAACGCGUUUCCUUACAUCCCUUACCACAGACGCGUCAAGCUGUUCACGACCCUCACCAAGACUCUUGGCGCUAAUGAGAGUCUUGCUCUCGUGCUUAGACUGCUUGCCAAGCGUCACUAUGACUUGGUUUCGCGCAACAAGACGUCAGAAGCGAAGACACUUUCUGAGUUUGCUGACGUCUUCCUUCGUGGAUUCUCUGUGGAGGAGCGUAUCGAGGCCGUGAGCAGAUAUGUCGCGUUUGCGCGCAAGAUUCCUACCGACUUGAGCGCUGCAACCGUGGAAUCUGGCUACGUUGCCGAUUUGGCCGAUAUGUCGUCUGAUAAAGUGUUGGCGUUCAAGAUUGAUUUGCUCCAGUUUAUUCGUGACGCGCUCAACAGCGCUCAGAAGAGAGCUCAAGUGGCGGCCAUUUUCAAGGCCUCGUCCGAAGAAUACGACGCGGACGCAGUGUCUGCUCUUCAAGCGUCGUUUGCCUCCGCGGUCGAGACUCUGCUCGACAUCAUCGCGAGCUCGGAGAAGCCCAAGACGCGCAAGUACCAGGAAGAAGCAUACGACACCUUGGAUGCCGUUCUCAACUUGCUGCCUAUCCAGGACUUUGUUUCCGUCCUGGAGCGUCUUAUUUCCCGACGCGACGACAACUCGACCGUCCGUCGCGCGUUGGUCACCGUUCGCUCAAAGUUCGAGAACGACGCGAAGGUCAACGACGGUCUUGCGCGCAACUCUGCGCUCAUGAUCUUGCCGACCAUCUGCGCCGCCAUCUCGAGCCUUGGUGCGGCGGACGCGGAGCUGGCGAAGCUUGGCUUUAUGGCGCUAGAUUGUCUCUGUGGCAAGUUUGGUGCUGUCGAGCCUGACGCGUUUGAUGGCGAGGUUAUCGAGCUUGUUAUCGGCGAUCUGGGCGUGCAGAGCGCGGAUGACGCAGCUGCUGUCUCGGCUCUUGUCUGUCUUAGCUCGCUUGGUACGGCGCUGGGUGCUCGAAUCCUGGCGUAUUUGCCGCGCAUUGUGCCUAUGGUGAUGACUUUGUUGGAGAAGGCGAUCAAGGAUGGUAAGGAUCUUGUAAUCAUCGGAGUUUUUAUGCUUGUUGAUUCGUUCGUCAAGCGUAUCCCGAUGUUCAUGGCCAGCUACAUGACCAAGAUCCUCAACCUUGUCUUCCUGUCGGCUUCGAAGGAUGCCGAGUCUGCGACCGAGGACAGCGAUGCGGUUGGCGAGGCGCGCUCGAGCUUGCUCGAGAACGUUAUUGCCAAGGUCCCCACUAAGCAGCUUCUGGGCGCUUUGAUUGGAAACUGGGACUCUGUCCUCGCAAAGUGGGAUCUAGCGAUGAUCAAGCUCCACCUGUCGACGACCGCGCAGGUGAUCGAGGUUGGUGCGCGCAAGGCGAUCACGGGCGACGCCAGCAAGAUCUUUGAUUUCCUGCUUUCGGGAUUCGAUACGCGGAACCUCGAGGGCGAGAAGACCGAGACGACUGCGUCUAUCGCGGACGAGGUCGAGCGGAUCGUGAUUGAGAUCGCGAUGCAGGUUGUGUUGAAGCUCAACGAUAAGGUGUUUCGGCCUCUGUUUGUGCGCACUACGAAGUGGGCGAUGGAGGAGGAUCUUGCGUCGUCUGUCGCUAGACGGAAUCGGUUGGUGGUUGUCUUCAAGUUCUGCGAGCGUCUGUUUAGUUCCCUCAAGUCUAUUGUUACAAGCUACUAUGGCUACAUUCUCGACAGCACUGCCGACCUUCUCAUCUCCUACGUCACCGACGCGAGCGCCUCGUUCGACCUCGUGCUUUGGGAGACCGUCAUCAAGACGCUGACGGCGGCCUUUGCCAACGACCAGGAAGAGUUCUGGCAGGCGCCGAUCCGAUUCGACAAGAUGGCUGCGCCGCUGUUCGCUCAGCUUGGAUUGGGACUUAAGAACAGUGACUCCCUGACGCAGGCGAUCGUUGCGUUUGCGGUCUCGUGUGCGUCUGAGGAGCAUUACAAGUACAUUAACAAAGCUAUCCUCAGCUACAUGAAAGACCUCGACGACGAGGACGAAGACAUGUCUGAUUCCGACGACGAAGAGGAUAAAGCCGGGGAGGCGGGAGAGGACGACGAAAUCAAGCUCGACCCCAAGAAAGUCUCCAAGAUCGCCCGCGCGAAAUCCGGCGCCUCGGCAUCUGACAUCAAGAUCACGGCCGUCAAGACGCUCAAGGCGAUCUACGAGCGCCUGGGCGAUGAAUGGCUUAGCAUGCUGCCGCAGCUGGUGCCGGUUGUUGCGGAGUUGCUGGAGGAUGAGGACGAGUCUGUUGAGACGGAGGUUAGAAAGGAUUUGGUGCCGGUGAUUGAGGGUGUGUUGGGCGAGAGCCUGGAUCGGUACUUGAAUUAGAGGCGGAAAAAAAAAGAUAGAGCAUUAGGAAAUGGAAAAGUUUAGUGUUUUCUAUGUGUGAUUUUGUCUUAUUUGUCUGUUUGUUACUAGAAGUCUAGCAUUAAUCGCAGUUAUUUCUUUAUUCAUUAAA